CAACAACCUCUACCUUGAACAAUUUCCCACAUAACCCCCAAAAAUGACAAGUAUAUCCCUAUCCUGGACUGUAUACAGUAUAACCGCCCUCCUGGGCUACAUCAUCUACAGACAAUUCUUCCAAACCAGCCACCAGAAACUCCCACUGCCCCCAGGCCCAGAACGCAUCCCCCUUCUCGGCAACCUCGGAGAUUUCCCUCCCAAUGGCGCAGUCGAGUACGAGCACUGGCUUAGACACAAGAAACUCUAUGGCGGGAUUAGUUCUGUGAGCGUCAUGGGGAUGACCCUCGUCAUCAUCCACGAUCGAGGUGCCGCGCGCGACCUCUUGGAGCAAGGCUCGAGUAAGACUUCUGGACGGCCGACGAUGGUCAUGGCAAAUAAGCUCUGCGGGUAUGAGGAUAUCAUCCUCUGCCAGGAUUAUAGCCCCACCUUUCGGCGCGCUCGGAAAUUCCUGCAUCGCGCGCUCGGGAGCAAGGGUUCUGCGGCGGAGUUUCGGGGCGUGCAGGAGGCUGGUGUUCAUCGGCAGCUUUUGCAUGCGUUGAAGGAGCCGGAGAGCUGGUUGGAGCAUUUUAAGACCAACGCCGGUUCCACGGUGCUAAAAAUGGCAUACGGGUACACAAUCUCACCCGACAAGCCCGACACCCUCGUGACGCUGAUCGACAAGAUGAUGACCGAGUUCUCGCUCGCGGCCGUUCCCAUGGCCUGGGCCGUCGAUAUCAUCCCGGCGCUGCAGCACCUCCCAGACGGAUUUCCGGGUACGGGCUUCAAAAAGACCGCGCGUAAAUGGAAGAAAUCCAUACAGGCAUGCGCUUAUAUCCCCUACCGCUUCGUCCAGCGCCAGAUAGCCGCUGGGACAAACGAGCCGUCCUACGUCUCGAAACUCAUCGAGCAGCUUGGAGCUGAGAAUGACGGUGUUCUCAAGGAGGAAGACGAGCGCGCGAUUAUCUGGACGGCUGCGAGUCUCUAUGGGGCGGCGGCCGAUACGACUGUCAUUGCACUGACAGCAUGGACGCUGGCUAUGCUCCGGUUCCCGGACGUACAACGGAAAGCGCAGGAGGAGAUUGAUCGUGUGGUUGGGACAGGCCGUCUCCCGACGGUUGAGGAUCGCGAGAAUUUACCGUAUAUCAACGCCGUCGUGAAGGAGACGCUUCGGUGGUGGCCCAUUGCGCCCAUGGGAUUCCCGCACACUGCAACCGAGGAUAUCACGUAUGGCGGGUAUACGAUCCCAAAGGGCUCAUUCCUUCUCCCCGCGGUGUGGUGGUUCCUACACGACCCGGUUGUCUACGCAGACCCUGAAUCCUUUGAUCCGGAGCGAUACCUUGUCCCGCGGAACGAGCCUGAUCCGGCGGGUGAUGCAUUUGGGUAUGGAAGGCGCGUCUGUGCGGGGCGGUACUUUGCCGACGAGAGUUUGUUCUUGCAGGUUGCGCUGAGUUUGGCGGUGUUUGACAUCCACAAGGCGGUUGGGAAGGACGGUCAGGAGGUUGAUGUGGAUCAUGUGAAGCCAAAGUCUGGGGUGCUGAUGUAUCCGACGGAAUUUGCGUGUCGGGUUGUGCCGAGGAGUGAGGGGCAUGUAAAGUUGAUUCGGGAGUUGGAGGAGCGGUAUGCAAAUGAUGCGGUCAAGGGGGAUGCGGAGUUAUUGGACAGCGUGGAGGAUUUCGAGCUUGUUGAGUAGGCCCAACCGGGUUGAUGCUGCUAUCACAUUCUUUGUUCUACGGGAUACCUACAUUUCCAACCGACCGGUGGGCACAAAAGCACUCUACAAGGCCAUUCCAGGUCUCUACACCUCAGAGAGGAGCAAUACGCGAAUAUAACAACGAUUAACUCUUCCUGGUAUGGAGCCAUGGGGAUGCGCACGGCGCUUUGAAUGACGAGGUGAUAAUUGCGGGUGACGCCGUAUUUGGCGCCGUCAGCACAAAAUAAGGGGUGGACUUUUCAUUCCAAGGUUGCUAGAGGCUUUGCGAGAGGG